AUGGCGUCAAAUUAUCUUCAAGUUCAACUUGAUUCACUUAAUGCUUCAAAAAUAAUUCUUGAUUCAAUCUCAAUACAAAAACAAAUUAAUUUAAAUGAUUAGAACGAAUACUAACUUAAGCAGGGAGUAUUACCAGAGCCUCUUUUUAACUCCUAAUUGAUGAAGUCAGUAGCCAUCUUGACAUAUAAGCAUUCAAAAAGUCAAAGCCAAGAACUAGGUAUACUUCACUGAUCUGGUUGAUUACUUCUAAAUAGGCUCCAGUGUUUGCUCAGCUAAGAAUCACCUUCCUGGGCCUGCCAAGCGGUAAAAAACUCAACUUAUAAGUACCUCAGAACAGAUCUCAGAGCUUUUAGAAUCGAUACACCUAGUUACCUGAAUAUUAGAAAAAAUAUCCACUGGAAAAACUGAAUCCGAUAAUAAUAAAAUGCCAGAAAAGUUGCUUGUGAUAACUUAUUCCAACAAUUCAUUUUUUAUUAUAUUUCAAUCUCAAUACAAGUUUCUGACUCCUUCAUCUCCGUUUUUACAUCAGUCCAAGCCAAGCUCCUCUUCAAACCAUCCAAAAUUCCAAAAAAACUCAAAACUUAUUCAGAUUCAAGCCAAAUCCCACCCUCUAAAAAUAAUGAAAAACCCAAAAUCAGCGACUCAUUUACAGAUGAAAUUGAAAAAGCUAAAGCAGCCAAGCAGCUUACAAAAAAGCUAGAAAAAGAAAUGCAAGAAAGGGAAAAACGAAAAUAUGAAAGAGAACAAGAGAUGCUACUCAAAGAAGAGCAAGAAAGAUACGAGCUCGAAAAACUAAAAGAAUUAGCAUUAAAACAGCAAGAAGACUUAAAAAACCAACGUUUAAAAGAGUUAAAAGAAAAAUCUGAAGCAAGAAAACGCGAAAUUGCUGCAAUGAAAGAAAUUGGAGAAACCGAAUAUAAAAAAGUUAUAUCUGAGAAGCCUUUAUACAAAAAAAUCCAAGAGAACUACCAACAAGAAAUUCUAAUGCCAGAAUUGGAAAAGAAAAAAGCAGAAUUAGCAAAGAAAAGAAAUUUAUUCAAACCUUUAGACCGUUAUGAUAUAUUGGAGCACUCAAAAAAUCAUGAUGAGCUUAUGCGGGAAUCUGAAGAACGCAGAAAGCAAAACAUAAGAAAUCGGUCUUUAGAGUAUAAAAUGAAUGCAGCGUCAUUAAGCUUAAAAACAAGAUUCACAGAUGUAAUACUAGAAGAAGAAAAAAAGAAAAAGGAAGAGCUUGAAAAGCAAGAGAUUAUAAAGAAAAGUUUAUAUGAAAAAAAGCAGCAGUAUGCAGAAAUUGUAAAAGAAAUGUUCCAGCCUACAGUUGAUCCUUAUAAGCAGCAUGAAAUGCAGCUGAUUGUAGAAAAGCUGAAACAUAAUAUUCCUAUGAAAUCUAUAUCACACACUAAAUCAUCUAGAAGUGUAUCUGAAAGAAGAUCAGACAGCUCACGAGAAAAGGACACUAAGUCUGUUUUAAACAGAAAAUGAAAAGAAAAUCCUAUGAUUCCUAACUCCCCCCCCCUCCGUGAGUGAACAAAAAAAUUUUGUUCACUCACGGAGGGGUUAAUUUUUUUUUUUUAAAAAAUUUAUAUAUAAAUUUUAUAAAACAUUUUUUUUCGAAAUUUAAAAAAAUCCUAAUUCGCAAAAAUUGGAAAGCAAAUAUUAAUUUAAUUUAUAAAAUUUAUGUUUUAAAAAGCAAUUCGUUUAAAAUUAAACAGAAUUAGCUCUCUAGAUUUCAUUAUACUAAUUAUCAUUUAUAUAUCAAAUUUUUUUUUCCAUAAAAAAUUUUUGUUCACUCACGGAGGGUGGGUUUUUGGGCAAAAAAUAGCGAUUUUUCUAAUGGUUUUGUUCACUCACGGAGGGGGGGAGUAAGCCAAAACCCAAAAGAGAACCAGUUUUAAUCGACUAUUUAGGGGAAAGAAGAAACCAAAGAAAGCAAGAACAAGUCUCAGAAAUUCAAAGGAUUGACUGAGAAGAAGACCUGUAUGAUGAAAAUUUAACUGAAAACGAAAAAGCUGAAAAACUCAAAGCAAAAGCAGCAAUGAUGGAAAAAAUUGCCAAAAAGCACGAAAUUAAUUUAAAUGGACUAAGUGAGUUAGAUAUGGCUGGCCAAGUUAACGAAAUGUAUAUCAACUCAAUCAAAGCCAAAUUGGCUGUUCUGGAACAAGUAUAA